UGUGGUUAAAGGUGGGAGGGCAAGCCAGGUUGCUGGAAAAUCUUCUAAAUGUCACAGGUUGACGACUUAAUUGGCACGCCGGCAUGCAGGAACGGCAGGGGCUCUGGAAAUGUAGCGAAGAAAAUGGCAUUUGGUGUCGGAACCACGAGGUACUCAUCUGUGCGGACAGGCAGCGCAGCGGGCAUUGUGAGCUAAUGCCCGCCUGUCUGAUGCAGGUGUUGGAGACGGACGCUGUCUAACCCAAUAUCCACAGUGCACCUCUUACCCACAGCGGAGGAGGACCUACUUAGCUCACGUUUGAGCCGGAGACUAAUGUAUUGUCAGGUGUGGAUUGUGAAGAUGGAGGGAGAGCAUCCUCAUGAGGAGAAGCAGACUGAAACUGCUUGCUGUGCAUCCCAAUGUCCCAAAGAUGGAGAGGAAAGGCAGGGACAAGGGGCUAUGUUAUGGUCCAUCCAGGAGGCAGUGGAGAGGCAGACCAUGCAGAUAGGAGCGUCCGCCUGUGGGGCAACGGCCGUAGUGGACGUCCUACAGGCCCUCGGCAUCAUUGUGGCACCCGAGACGGCUGACCGGUGUGUGCGGACGUGCCUGAGGAGGAACGAGGCGCCGCUGCCCGAUUACCUGUUCUCACGGAGCGAGGCUGGCGCCACACACGCACAGCUGAUAGCUGGGGCGGAGCAGGCCAGUGGUGGGCGCGUGCUGGGUCGCCACUUCCCCCUCCACCCUCGCCGGCGGGUGAGGCUGGUACCCUGGCUGGCACAGUGGAUCCAGAAAGGGGCAGUGCCCGUGGCCACCAUGAACAUGCAGCUGGCAGUGCCAGAGGGAGAGGAGGUUCCCGACGCAUGGCACCACCAACUCAUCUUUGGGGUCGGACCCGACACUGUCUAUAUGACCAACCCCCUGGAUGUGGUGAGUGAGCGGGAGGUGCAUCAGCGACUCUGCAGUGAAUCUGUGUUGCUGAUACGUCGAGAGGAUGUGCUGCUGAGAUUGACAGCUGACGCCCCUCUGUCUAGCCUAUCAGACGACCAGUCUGACCCACGCUGGAAAGCCCUGGAUGUGGAGGGUCAAUUGAGGCAGAUGAUUCGUGAGGAAGACCAUGAUGAUGAAGAUCAGUUUAGGAUGAGCCAUGUCGUGAUCCCCGCAGCGUACAGUUCAGGUGUGACAGUCUUCGCCCUCAGAGACUCAGACCAAGGACAGGAGCUUCUCCACACCCCUGAACUCCCUUUGCUUUGAUAUGGCUGGACAGUGGACACAUCAUUACCAAAAAUCUUGCUCUGAUUGGACAAUGCAUCUUUGACCUUCCCGCUAUUGUUACAUGUAUUCGGUGAGGGGAAAUGUUCAGAAACUGGUGAUAGAAAUGUCAUUAAUAGAGCUAACAUGGUUCCUUAUUCUACAGGUAAGAGAGGCUUGUCUGUUCUACAUAUUAUAUUUCUAUCUGAACAUCCAACAACGUUGCACCCUGCUGAAUGUGCCCCAGGUGUAUUCAGUGAGUUGAAGCACUCAAAAACAAAAAAGAAGCACUCAAAAAC